GAAUAUUUUUUUAAACGAAGCGAAACGCUCCGUGUUCAUUCUCUUUGCUGUAAGCUGCAGCAAAAGUUUCAUCACUUAGGGGAGGAGCCGUGUCCGUCUGUGUUCAGAGCACUGCUGUGAUAAAUGAAGGAAUCAAAGCUUAAAGAAGAAGAAGGUGAACAAGAAUUAACAGAAGACAGGGGCUGGUUAGCACGCAGGACAACAUAUACCGGGACUUCAGGAGGUUAAACCAUAAAAAUGACCAUGCUGCUGCUGAGGCUCACCCUGUGUUCAAAGAUCCCCCCGGAUUCACCAAGACACUUAAGCCAGCUGCUCUCCAGAAAACUGACACAAGGUGGCCAGGGCAGGGCUCAUAGCAGCUCCUUCGCACACCGCAGUGAGCUGCGUCAGGCCAAGAGGAUCGUAGUUAAGCUCGGCAGUGCCGUCGUUACACGUGGAGAUGAGUGUGGCUUGGCUCUUGGGAGGCUGGCCUCGAUUGUGGAGCAGGUGGCUAUGUUGCAGAAUCAAGGCAGGGAGAUGAUGAUUGUCACCAGUGGAGCUGUGGCCUUCGGCAAGCAAAGACUGAGACAUGAGAUCCUGUUGUCCCAGAGUGUUCGGCAGGCGCUCCACUCUGGACACAGUCAACUCAAUGACAUGUCUUUGCCGGUGCUGGAGGCCCGAGCCUGUGCUGCAGCUGGACAGAGCGGUCUGAUGGCCCUGUAUGAAGCCAUGUUCACCCAGUACAGCACUUGUACAGCACAGGUCCUGGUGACAAAUCUGGAUUUCCACGAUGACCAAAAGAGGCAGAACCUGAACAGCACACUGCGGGAGCUGCUGCACAUGAACAUCGUGCCAAUCAUCAACACCAAUGAUGCUGUGGUGCCCCCUCCGGAGCCCAACAGCGACCUGCAGGGGGUAAAUGUGAUCAGCAUUAAGGACAACGACAGCCUGGCAGCACGGCUAGCUGUAGAGAUGAAGGCUGACCUGCUCAUCGCACUCUCUGAUGUGGAGGGACUAUACAACAGCCCCCCUGGAACAGAUGAUGCCAAGCUCAUUGACAUCUUCUACCCUGGAGACCAGCAGUCCAUCACCUAUGGUACAAAGUCUAGAGUUGGGAUCGGAGGCAUGGAGGCCAAGGUCAAAGCUGCCCUUUGGGCCUUGCACGGUGGCACCUCAGUGGUUAUUGCAAAUGGCACCAACCCCAAAGUAACAGGCCAUGUCAUCACUGACAUUGUGGAAGGCAAGAAAGUAGGAACCUUCUUCUCUGAAUUUAAACCUGCCGGCCCAUCUGUGGAGGAACAGACAGAAAUGGCGCGCCGUUCUGGAAGAGCCCUUGCAUCUCUGCAUCCAGACCAGAGGAGUGAGAUCAUCUGCCAUCUAGCAGAUCUGCUGACUGAAAGGAAGGAAGAGAUUUUGGCUGCAAACAAGAUGGAUAUGGACCUGGCUGUCAGUGCAGGCCAUUUGCCUCCAGCCAUGCUGAAGCGUCUCAGUCUGUCACCGGCCAAACUUAACAGCUUGGCAGUAGGUCUCCGCCAGAUAGCCACGGCCGCCCAGGACAGUGUGGGUCGAGUGCUGCGCAGGACCAGAGUGGCUCAUAAUUUAGAGCUGGAGCAGAUUACUGUACCCAUCGGGUUGCUUCUGGUCAUAUUUGAGGCCCGACCCGACUGCUUGCCGCAGGUAUCAACACUGGCAAUAGCCAGUGGCAAUGCCCUCCUGCUGAAAGGAGGAAAAGAGGCAGCCAACACCAACCAUGUCCUCCACCAGCUCACCCAGGAAGCUCUUUCCAUGCAUGGAGUCAAGGAGGCUGUGCAGAUGGUGAGCACCCGUGAGGAAGUGGAGGAUCUGUGCCGACUGGAUAAGAUGAUAGACUUGAUCGUCCCCCGAGGUUCAUCCCAGCUGGUGCGGGACAUUCAGCGAGCGGCCAAGGGCAUUCCUGUGCUGGGUCACAGCGAGGGAAUCUGUCACGUCUAUGUGGACUCAGAAGCCAGCAUUGACAAAGUCAUAAAAAUCGUGAGAGACUCCAAGUGUGACUAUCCAGCUGCAUGUAACGCUAUGGAAACUCUGCUGAUUCACCGGGACAUCCUCAGGACCCCUAUGUUCGACCAAAUUAUCGACAUGCUCCGCACUGAACGGGUGAAGAUUCACGCAGGCCCUCGGUUUGCCUCCUACCUGACAUUCAGCCCCUCAGAGGCAAAGUCUAUGCGGACAGAGUAUGGUGAGCUGGAGUGCUGCAUGGAGGUGGUGGACAGCAUGCAGGAGGCCGUAGAGCACAUACAUAAGUAUGGCAGCUUUCACACAGACGUUAUAAUCACGGAAAAUGAGGACACAGCAGAGAAGUUUCUUCAGCAGCUGGACAGCGCCUGUGUUUUCUGGAACGCUAGUUCACGUUUUGCAGAUGGCUACCGCUUUGGACUGGGAGCAGAGGUAGGUAUCAGCACGGCUCGUAUACAUGCCCGAGGCCCUGUAGGCCUGGAGGGCCUGCUCACAACCAAGUGGGUCCUGAGAGGUGAUGGACACACAGUAGCCGACUUCUCGGAGCAUGGUACCAUGAAGUACCUGCAUGAAAACCUGCCUGCUGGGCAGCCUUUAGCUGGACAGAGAGACAGCAACUAGGCCAGAGAGUCUGACAGCAUUCCUUUGGCCUUAUUAUUAUUUUCUCAAGAUGAUGGUUGACUGUUUUCACUAUCUUCAACUUUUGAAGCACAUAGCUGCUCAAAACAGCAAUGGUUCAUUUUAUUACUACAUUUAAAAAGAGGUUCCUAUUUAAGGACUAAGAGUCUGAAAAUAUUCUACCUCAGCUUAGGUUGGGUAAGUCAAUAAGCCCCAAUAUUAAACUAUGCAAAAACCCCAAACGGUGUUUAAACCAUGCAAAAAAAAAUACUUCACACAGAUUGAGAUUCGUCAUUAUUUUCUCAUUUGAAUUUGCACUGGGAAAACUAAUUUUAGUAAUGGUAUCUUUUAAUUAAAUUACUUUAUUUAUUUUUUUAAAGAUUUUGGUAGAAAACGAUAUUAAAACUGUUCAUUUAUUUACACAUCUAUUUAAUAACUUCAAAUUCCUUGCUUGAUGUCAUUUCUUUUUCCUUUAUUUCCUGGUAAUAUCUCACUUUAAUAAUGGUUGUCUGACUAUUCUCCCACUUUAACCUCCUAGGACCUGGCGUCCACAUAUGUGGACAUCACAUUUUGGGUUCUUUAGA